UUUUGCCACAAUUAUUUCAAUCAAUCAUCUCCUUCCCACCGAACUCUACCCCACUAGCGCCGCCCUUGGCUUGACCAGGCAAAAGGUCUCCUUUCCCCUGCAAAUCCCAUCAAAAAGGAGUCUUGAGGGAGUUCCGCGAUGUGCGGAGGAGCGAUAAUCUCUGAUCGCAAUUCGGCGGCGGUGCCGCGUCGGGUCAAGGCGGAGUACUUGUGGCCCGGCGGGAAAAAGAAGAGAGGGAAGAAGCGGAGGGUGGAGCUGGAGGAUGACUUCGAGGCCGACUUCGAGGAGUUCAACAAUUCGGAAGAGGAUGAGUUCGAUUUCAAGCCCUUGGGAUCGAAAUCCUCUUUCUCGUUAGAGGGUUUAAACACCGUAAAGUCAAGAGAUUGUGAUGGACCAGCAGCUAAGUCAGCUAAAAAGAAGAGAAAGAACCAAUUCCGUGGAAUUCGCGAGCGCCCAUGGGGCAAAUGGGCAGCAGAAAUCAGAGAUCCUAGCAAAGGUGUUCGUGUUUGGCUCGGGACGUUCAACUCAGCUGAAGCGGCUGCAAGAGCUUAUGAUGUUGAAGCUCGUCGCAUCCGUGGGAAAAAAGCCAAGGUGAAUUUCCCCACUGCUGCAAGCUGUAGCCCCCGAAAGCGUGCUCCAAAAUCUACUUCUACAAGAGCACCAGUGUCUAACUCAGACUCUGGUUUAUAUUCUACAAAGGGGCUACCUAAACCUGAAUAUUCAAAUCGGUGUUUUACUAAACAAUCCUCUGAAUCAUCCCAAGGUGUGAACUUCCCUUCCGAUGAGGGUUGCACCUCUUUCGGUUACCCAGAGAUUAUGCCUUUUUAUGUUCCCUCAGCAAACAAAGGCAAUGAAACUGAAGUACUUAGUGAUGAUAAUCUUCAGAAGGUUUUCAAAAACAAUUCUGGAUUGAAAGUGUCCACAGAGGUAGCCUCCGAAAUCAAACUCCCCGAGUGCUUACCUGCUUUUGAUCCAUAUAAGAAAUUCUUGCAAUUUCCAUACAUAGAAGGAAGUGAUGAUUUGUCGAUUGAUUGCCUAUUUGGUGGUGAAUUAACACAAGAUGAUCUAAAUGCUGUGAACCUUUGGAGCUUUGAUGACCUGCCUCUUGAAGGUAAUGCUUACUAAAGGACCUCGACUUGAUUACCAGUGUUCAGUGUUUACGAGUAAAAAUUUCUUUCCUUUUCCUGUUUGUUUCGCUGGAUCUACGAUCGAUGUAAAAUCGCGGAGUGCCAGAAUUGUUUGUGUUUUCAAAACUUCUGUAUGCAGAAUAAUAUUCAGGAGUAGCAGCUUACUGCUGCCUUAAAAAUUGUGAGCUCUGGACCGGGCUUUACCAAUAAACUGACAAUUAUUGUGCUUAAUAUAAGUUUUUGUUUGAGAAA